AAUGCGGAAAUUAUCUUUUCGCGUAGUAUUUCAAUUAAUCUGCAUUGGUAUAAAUACCGUCUAAUUGGUACGACAGACAACACUUGUCUUCAAGUAUCAGCAACAUGCGUUUCCUUGCACUUCUAGCCCUCUGCUUCGCGGCUGUCGCAGCCGUCCCCGAAAAUCCUCAAAGGAUCGUGGGUGGUUCGCUUACAACCAUUGGUAACUACCCUACUAUUGCGGCUCUUCUCUACACCUGGAACUGGAGCACCUACUGGCAGGCUUGCGGCGGUACCAUCAUCAACAACCGCUCCAUCCUUACCGCUGCUCACUGCACCCAAGGUGACGCCCCUGGCAGAUGGCGUAUCCGCGUUGGCUCCACCUGGGCCAACAGCGGCGGCGUUGUCCACAACGUUAACCUGAACAUCGUCCACCCCUCAUACAACUCCAACACUCUGAACAAUGACAUCGCUCUCCUGCGCUCCGCCACCACCUUCUCUUUCAACAACAACGUGCAAGCCGCUCCCAUUGCUGGCUCCAACUACAACCUUGCUGCCAACCAGUUUGUCUGGGCUGCUGGAUGGGGCACUAUUUCCUCCGGUGGUGCUGCCUCCGAGCAACUGCGUCACGUGCAGCUGAUCGUCAUCAACCAGAACACUUGUGCGAGCAACUACGCUUCUGCUGGCGUGACUAUCACCAACAACAUGUUGUGCUCUGGCUGGAACGGCGGUGGUCGUGACCAGUGCCAGGGAGACUCCGGCGGUCCUCUCUACCACAACGGCAUCGUUGUUGGAGUCUGCUCCUUCGGUAUUGGAUGCGGUCUCGCUAACUUCCCUGGUGUGAACGCUCGCGUAUCUCAAUACACCUCCUGGAUCAACAGCAACGCCUAAGAAGUGUAAUAAGGAAAUUAUAUCGUUGAUGAUUUUAUGA